CGUGAGUACGAAGAGCUUGAUGAGCUGGCCGACAGGGGUAAUGCUCGAAAAUUCUCCGAAAAAAUGCGGCGGCUCACAGAAGGUUUCAAGACCAGGGUAUACUCUUGUAGAACCCCCAAAGGUGAUCUAGUGACCGAUGCCCAAAGCAUACUAAAAUUUCUCCAGCCUGCUGAAUGGCAGUGAACACACAACACCACGAAAAGGCGAACCCGAUUUCCCAUUCAAUGACGAUAGAGCAGACGUUCCAUUGCCCGACCAUGAAUAAGUUCUAAUAGCAAUUACCCGCCUGAAGAACAAUAAAGCGGCGGGGGCCGAUGGAUUGCCGGCCAAGCUAUUCAAUCACGGCGGCGAAGAACUGAUAAGGAGCAUGCAUCAACUUCUUUGUAAAAUAUGGUCGGAUAAAAGCAUGCGCAACGAUUGGAAUUUAAGUGUGCUAUGCCCAAACCAUAAAAAAGGAGACCCCACAAUGUGCGCCAACUACCGUGGGAUUAGCCUCCUCAACAUCGCAUAUAAGGUUCUAUCUAGCGUAUUGUGUGAAAGAUUAAAGCCCACCGUCAACGAGCUGAUUAGACUUUAUCAGUGUGGCUUUAGACCUGGAAAAUCAACAACCGACCAGAUAUUCACCAUGCGCCAAAUCUUGGAAAAGACGCGUGAAAGGAGAAUCGACACACACCACCUUUUCGUCGAUUUCAAAGCUACUUUCGACAGCACGAAAAGGAGCUGCCUCUAUGCCGCGAUGUCUGAAUUUGGUAUCCCCGCAAAACUGAUACGGCUGUGUAAACUAAAUAGGGAAGGUACCAUCUUCUAUAAGAGUGUACAACUGCUGGCGUAUGCCGAUGAUAUUGAUAUCAUCGACCUCAACACCCACCAACAAUGUCAGCCUAGAAAUCCAACGCAGAAUAACUCUUGCCAACAGGUGCUACUUCGGACUGAGUAGGAAAUUGAAAAGUAAAGUCCUCUCUCGACGAACAAAAGCUAAACUCUAUAAGUCACUCAUAAUUCCCGUCCUGCUAUAUGGGGAGGAGGCUUGGACGAUGUCAACAACGGAUGAGUCGACGUUGCGAGUUGUCGGGGUAAAAGUUCUGCGAGAGAUUUAUGGUCCUUUGCGAGUUGGCCACGGCGGAUGGAACGAUGAGCUGUACGAGAUAUACGACGACAUCGACAUAGUUCAGCGAAUUAAAAGACAGCGGCUACGCUGGCUUGGUCAUGUUGUCCGAAUGGACGAAAACACUCCAGCUCUGAAAGUAUUCGACGCAGUACCCGCCGGGGGAAGCAGAGGAAGAGGAAGACCUCCACUCCGUUGGAAGGACCAAGUGGAGAAGGACCUGGCUACGCUUGGAAUAUCCAAUUGGCGCCACGUAGCGAAAAGGAGAAACGACUAGCGCGCUGUUGUUAACUCGGCUAUAAUCGCGUAAGCGGUGUCUACGCCAAUUAAGAAGAAGAAGAAGAAUAUCCACCUACCCAUAGCUACAGUGCUAGGGCUGCGUUGGGACCCGGUGAGUGACGAAUUGUUAUUUAUGGUAUCACUGAAGCAGUAUAAUGAAAUGCCGACAAAGCGGCGAGUUCUUAGUGAUGUAGCUCAAUUGUAUGACCCCACUGGAUUUUUGGCACCAGUCAUUAUAUCGGGCAAGGUAUUUAUACAGACUCUUUGGUCUACGGGUAUAUCUUGGGAUACCCCACUACCUAAAGAUCUGUGUCAUAUUUGGUCUAAAUUUCGCAAUGACUUAGGUAUUCUCGAUAAGGUUCGUGUACCUCGAUGGCUUGGUAUGGAUGCAACUAAUCGUACUUCCCUCUAUGGUUUUUGUGAUGCCAGUCAGAAAGCCUAUGCUGCUGUGGUUUACGCACGCACUAUUGACAAUGAUGACAAAGCCAAUAAAUCCUUGCUUACCGCACGCACCAAGGUUGCGCCAUUGAAAGGAGCCACAAUCCCUCGACUGGAACUAUGUGGAGCUCUUUUAUUAGCCAAGACAAUUUGUAAUGUUCGCAAGGCGUUAAGUUUAGAGGAUACCUCUGUGCACUUACUGACGGAUUCCAGUAUUGUCUUGAGUUGGUUACGCAAACAGCCUGUGAUGUUAAAACCUUAUAUUGCCAACAGGGUUCGGCAAAUACAACAAUUGACGUCAUUAGAUUUGUGGCAUUAUGUACGUUCAGCGCAGAAUCCAGCGGAUUGCGCCAGCCGUGGUGUGACUCCAUCAGAGUUGCUGGGUCACCAUUUAUGGUGGUCAGGCCCAGACUGGUUACGUCAGAAAACAAUCCCAUUUGACCAAGCACCAGAGUUACAAGCUGACGAACGUAUAACCAUGCAGAGUGAAGAGAGGUCUAGAGUUUUAACCUUCGCAUCCUCAAUUCGAUUGCAGCUUAUCACCCGACGUAUAGAUGGACAACAUAUUCCACUAGCACAGCGUUUUAGUUCCAUCAAACGACUUGUCAGAACUACAGCUAUAGUUCUGCGCUGGUUACCAAGGUAUCGCCAUUUUCGACAUCAUCUUGUUACCGCCCCAGAGAUGGAUAAUGCGCUUGAAUUGCUCAUUCGUAUUGAUCAAUCGUCUGCGUUUCCUCAAGACUUACGUUGUUUGGGCGAAGCAACCAACUUAUCAUCCUCGAGCCCCCCCUACUCGCAUUUAACCCCUACAUAGAUGAUCAUGGUAUCAUCCGGGUAGGCGGCCGCCUUCAUAGAUCAGCCUUGGUAGAAGAACAUCGUCAUCCAACUAUACUUCCGACGGUUAGCGAUUUAGUUAGGCUGCUUGUUCACCAAACUCAUAUCGACACCCUUCAUGGCGGUGCACAGCUGAUGCUGCAGACUCUACGCUACCGCUAUUGGAUUCUUCUUGCAAAGCAAGUUGUCCGCAGUAUGGUUCAUAAAUGAGUGAUUUGCAGAAGACAUCGGGGAGUUACCAUUACUCAACAGAUGGCAUCACUACCACGACAACGGGUCAGCGCAUCUCGGCCAUUUUUGGUGUCAGGUGUAGAUUACUGCGGUCCCUUUUCACUCCGCAUUGGCACUAAAAGAUCUCGCAGUACAGUGAAAACUUAUCUCUCAGUUUUCGUAUGUAUGGCUACUAAAGCUGUCCACAUCGAGUUGGUGGAUGACUUGUCAUCAAAGGCGUUUAUAGACGCUUUCACGCGUUUUGUUAGUCGACGCGGUUUGUGUCGUGACUUAUAUAGCGACAACGCUACAACUUUCGUCGGAGCCAAUCGGAUGAUGAAGGAAGAUCUAGCCGCUUGGCACAGUGAACAGAAUCAACAAUAUCUCGCCAACGUUGGGACGAGUUGGCAUUUUAUAACCCCAAGUGCCCCCCAUCAAGGUGGAUUGUGGGAGGCUGCCGUGAAGUCCGCGAAACGACACUUGGUUCGUGUCAUCGGUAAUCAGGCGAUGUGGCAUUCGCAGUUACAAACACUAUCGACACGAAUUGAAGCUUGUUUGAAUUCGCGUCCGCUUAUACCGCUGACUGAUGACCCUGAAGACAAAUAUGUGCUAACACCUGGAGACUUCCUCAUUGGCGCUCCUCUUCUCGCAGUGCCAGAACCGACCGUGGCGGAAAUUCCAUCUAACCAACUAAAGCACUGGCAGUGGUUACGACGAAUCCAUCAACAAUUCUGACAUCGGUGGAGUGAAGAAUAUUUGGCGACUCUACAAUCACGAAGCAAGUGGCGCAGGCGUACCGAAAAUAUUCACGUGGGAGAUAUUGUCCUAGUCAGACAUGAAAACCUCCCCCCAACACAUUGGCGACUGGGUCGUGUAACAGAGGUACAUCCUGGCAGUGAUGGCCUUGUUCGAAACGCAACAUUGAUGACCUCUAAUGGCGUGUGCACCCGGGCAGUACAAAAACUGUGCCUACUUUUACAACCGGACAAUUUCGAAGCAGUUGCUUCGACCGGGCAGGAUGUCUAAGAUUUAUUUUAAAUUUAUUAUUUCAUUUCACACGAUGUACCCUGUGCGGUGUUCCUCAAUUACUUAGUAUUCCUUACUUCUUAUAUUUUGUUUAACUAUUGUAUUACUAUCGU